UCGCGUGUGUUAGGCGCGCGCGGCUGCUUCUUUUCCGCGUUUUUGUGCGAAUUUUUGGUUCGUCGUUUUCCCGCGCGAUUCGUUUACAAACUUUUCCCCCCGUAACUUUCAGGUGUAAAUAGAAUUUAGUACAAAACUUUGUUGAAUUUAGAAACGAGUGUGUGUGUGUGACUUUGGAUUAUUGUGACCAAGCGCAGUGACAUUGUGUUGCGGUGUUUAUUAUUUGCACUUCAUUUCAAGUUUGGAUGUCUUAGUUUAAGAUGCCGUACCAUUGGCUGACUGUUAAGACUGACUAAAAUUAAUUAUGGAGCAAACUAGGAAAUUAUAAGUCAAUGAAGCUUUUUCUUAGGUCGGUUUCGGUUCUGACUCGCGGGGGAGUCAAAAAAUUGCAAUGACUACUGCGAUGGCCGCGCACCAAGAAUCGAUACAUGAGAGACUACAGCCAACCAAUGAGGAGCCUUUGUACAUCCACCAUGGGACACCAUGGCCAGAGUCUUCGGAACAUCAAGAAGACACGAGCACGGACAUGUCCCCUUAUUACAACAUGCCCAAAAGAAACAAAAGAAAAAACUUCAAACCCCGCUGCGCUCCUAAUGCAACAAAUUUCUCUGACGAUUCUAAUGGCCCCCGUGAUGACGCUGCUAGCCCCUUAAACGGGAAUGACAGGACAUCUGACCAGGAAGAAAAUGACAACUAUGCUAAAAUAGGAGUCAAAAACUUUAGUGUCCUCAAAGGUGGCGCAGUCGAUCUAAGUAGGAGGCUAAGUACUGACUCCAAUGAAAACAUAGACUCUAAUUACCAAAAUAGGUUACCGGACGACAAAAAGGUGGACUCCUUCCAACGUUCCUAUUUAAAUAGCUUACAAAACCAAGACGUUGAAAGAGACCAAACUGUAUUAAACUUUAGUAGUUUACAAAAUAAAACUUUCUGUGCCAAAAAUCCUUUCGCAAUUUCACAGUUAAUAAAAACAAACUCACCUCCAAGGAGAAGGGAGUCAGAUUCCGAUGAGGAGAGUAAAGGGCAGGAUAUAAAUGCAAAUGAAAGAAUAGAUAAUCAAGAACAAAUGGAUACAAAUGAAGGUCAACAGAACGGAGACACAAAUAACGCUACAAAUAAAAUUUUAAGAGACUACGCGAUGAAUACUAUGAAAGAACUUCUCGGUAUUUAUGGUUUGUCGUCGAAUGAAGUAGCUGACGCUAUAAGUGGGCAAAUCCGGGCGUUAGAAGCACUUCAAGGUAAACCAUUUACCCAACUGCCUUUAAGUCUGAAGCGAAGACACGACUCUGGAGAUGGUACAGACAGAAGCCUCCGUAGAUCGUCGUCAGCCACGGAGGAUGAAGGAUCUACCAAUAUCACUCCUCCGAAAACACCUGAUAAUGAUAUUGAGGCAUCUAGACAAAGAGCACUUCAAAUCAUAAAUCAGCAAACGAUGAGGCUGUUUGGUAGAACACAAGGUCAGGAGGAAGAUGGAAGUGGCUCUGAUGAUGGAGACCAGACUCUGGACUUGAGUGUUUCAAGGGACACAGAUGGACAGGAACAGUCGACCACAUCUAGCGCUGGCAACAGCGUAUCAGAGUUCGAGCAGCAGAGCCUGCUCAUGAGGAAGAACCUGGAAGAUCUCGCCAAUUUACAAAUGCAGGGUUUCUUCCAAAAACAAUCGCCGAUGGACGCUGAUGACUCGCAAGAGAGAAAACUGCAAUCUGGUGGCCUCUUGUCAGCGUUAAACCAUUUGAGCAACAAAAACUCCCUACAAACUACUCUAGAUUACUCCAGAUACGUUAAAAGGUACAGCUCAACACUAGAAUGUGGUUCGUCGUACUGCAAAGACCUCGGGUACCGGGAGCACUUCCACUGCAUGGACUGCACCGCCAGGGUCUUUUGCAAGAAGGAGGAAAUGAUCAGACACUUCAAGUGGCACAAGAAACGCGACGAAUCUUUAGCCCACGGCUUCAUGCGAUACUCUCCCUUGGACGACUGCUCCGAGAGAUUCUCUGACUGUCCACACAACAGGAGCCAGACUCAUUACCACUGCAUCCAGGACGGAUGUGAUAAGGUGUACAUAUCAACGUCAGACGUGCAAAUGCAUGCAAACUAUCACCGCAAGGACUCUGCGAUCCUGCAGGAAGGGUUCCAGCGGUUCAGGGCAACCGAAAGCUGCUCUGCACCACACUGCGUGUUUGCUGGACAACGGACUACGCACUUCCAUUGCCGUAGGCCCGGAUGCACUUAUACUUUUAAAAAUAAGGCAGAUAUGGAAAAACACAAAACCUAUCACAUAAAAGAUGAGGCUCUCUCCAAAGACGGAUUCAAGAAGUAUAUGAAGAACGAAGCCUGUCCGUACCGCGACUGCAGAUUCAGCCGCACGUGCAACCACAUCCACUGCAUCAGACCGCAUUGCAACUAUGUGCUGCAUUCUAGUAGUCAAAUAUUCACUCAUAAGAGGAAACAUGAGCGAAAAGAACAGGAGAUGACUUUCGGCUUACCAACGUCAGUGAUUCAAUCUGCUCUGCUUCAACAAGGGGCUGACUUAACCAUGUACUCACCGAGCAACCUUCACACCGACGACGAUGUCUCCAACUCUAUGCUCGAUGGGGACUUCUCUUACCCUUUUAAUCCAGUAUUAGUGGAGGAAGUAUCUCGCAAAUAUAUAGAAACUUUCAAUGGGGGCAAAGAGGCUGAAGAUAAAUGCAACAAAUGCAGUGCCUUCAACAAGCACUACCACUGCCUCGCUGAUGGAUGUAAGAUGGCUCAUAGUUGCCAUAAUACAAUGACAAAACACGUAAUGGAGCACGAGCAGCAGAAUCAAGUAACAGAUGCUUACUUUGUGACGUACACCCGGCACAAUCCCUGCAACAACUCCGCUUGUCAACACAUCAGAGAUAUCACGCAUUAUCAUUGUACUUGGGAAAACUGUGGAGCAGUCAUUCUCUCAUCAGAGGAACACCCGUUCAGGCGUCUAGAACAUCACCGUCAACAUGCAAUUCUAAGCCCUAUGUCUCCGAAUCUAGCGGCGAGAUUCGCUCCCAACUUUACGCCUCAACUCUCAGCUCAACUUCACCCCAAUAUGGCAGCUCAGCUCGGUCAAGUUCCAAAUUUACCAAACCUCCCGCCAAACUUGGCACAAUUAGCUCAAAUGACUCCAAACUUAGCUUCUCAAUUGAAUCCAAAUCUUCAAGCUCAACUGAAUCUUGGUCCAAAUUCUGGAGUUGUUCCUCAACAAAUAAACCCAUCAAGUUCUUUAGACGAAAUGUUUAGUAGGAAGAGAGGAAGACCACCGAAGAAUCGUGUAGUAGAAGUUUGGACUGACAAUGUCACUCCUCAAGCUAUAUUUACGUCUUUUAAACUACCGAAAAGUAACCAACUCCCACCUGUUAUACCAGCCCCUGUGAUCACAACGGUAGAAGAAUUCCCGCGUAUCAAGUUCCAGCACUUUGAAGUGUUCACGACUCCUGAUGCCUGCUGUCAGUCUUACCCGAACUGUCAAUUGAGAAUGACUAGACUGCAUCUUCAUUGCUUCAACUGCAGCUUUUCUGGAGAAACUCACAUUAUCAUGGAAACUCACAUGCGAGAGUCACAUUCAAUAAGCCCUCUUGUAGAAGGGUUUGAUUACUUCUCAUCUUUCGAUCAAUGUGGAGGAAAGAGUUGCUUUAAGAACCAGUUAAGGGCCCACUUCCAUUGUGCGCAAGGGAAUAGUUGUCCAGCAAUUUUGACACAGUAUUCUGCCUUAGCAACACACAAACAUGGAAGGGGCACCCCGGUGAUUAAGAGUGAAGACCAAGAGAGGUCCUUUGAGGAAGCCAAAGACUACUCUCUUAAGGAAAGAGCAUCAGCUGACAGUAUAAGUUCAUUAAAGGAACCUAACGAAUCAUAUACACCGACAAAUUUCUCGAUUAAGAGUGAAUUUGAUCGCGAACAAGACAGUGUUUCGGUAAAAGCGACGGGGACGUUUUACCCAUCGUCUCAUCUCAGAAGCAAUACAUCAUCACCAUCCCCCCGGAGCAUUUACGACGCUUCGCCUUCGAAGGAUAUGAAACCUCGAAUGGACUUUGACAAGAAAAUUUAUGACCUUCCGAAGACAUCUGGUCCUACGAUCCCACCGUCCUGUCAUGACCAGACUUGUCCGUUGAACAAGAAUGCUGGGGGAAUGAAUCUUCAUUACCACUGCCCACACUGCAGUCAGGCUUAUGUGGACCUGAAGCUCUUAUUUAGCCACAUGGUGAAGAAGCAUAGCAAUGCUAUGGACACUGGACCAAUUGGAUUAGCCGCUACUAAGGAGACGUUGGAGAGGGAAUAUCCCGAAAUCUCGAUACUGCCAUCUACUGCAUCAUCAGCUUCCACCAGUCAGGCUCCAUCGCCGAGCCAGAGACCACCGAAUCCUGCUGAACAAGUACAAGCAGUCCAAAGUCUACUUCUCCAGCAGUACCUAGCAGGUGGACGCAAAGGUAGCCUCCAGGAUCAGCUAAAGAUGCAGCAGCAAUACACCGCCUCGUUGGCCGGUCUUCCAGGACUGGCGCAGGUGGCUCUUUUCUCGCAAGGCGGUUCCGCUUUCCCCUUGUAUCCCACCAUGCUGUACCCACCAGAACUGCUUCUGGAACAAAGUCUUCUCCAAGGACAUGGUCUACCACCGGGUCUAGAUAAAGAGGCCGAAAUGAUCGCCAAAUCAAGGCGCACGCAUUCAACGCGGGGGCCCCACAUGCGCGUGAUGAAGGACGAGCCCAUUCCUGAAGGUUAUCUUCGCUUCAGGUUCAACGAAGACUGCGCUUACCAACACUGUGGUUAUAGAGAACACCAAACCCAUUUCCACUGCACUAGGAAAGACUGUGGAUACUCCUUUUGUGACAAAACUAGAUUCGUGCAACACACAGCGAGACACGAAAGAUUGGACACUCUUAUGGGCGGAGACUUCCAACAAUAUCGCGCUAACGUAUACUGUCAGAGGCCGGAUUGUCCCCAUGCCUCCACUUUUGGAACAGGUCAGAACAAAGCUUCCCACUUCCAUUGUCUGAAGUGCGACUUCGUGUGUACAGACACGAACAAAGUUGUGGCACAUCGUCGACAGCACCAGAAACUCGACUCUAUUCAAGCAGCUGGCUUCGAUAAGUUCCCACCUAGUAAAGGUUGUGGCUACGAACCCCAAUGCAUUCAUAGCAAGAAACAAACACAUUACCACUGCUUACAGUGCGGUUUUGCCGUCCUGGGUCUAUCUCAGAUGACAUCUCACAAGUACAAACACCAGGAAGCGAACCUUGGACCAUCCACAAGCGCUACUAACUGACAAGCAACUCUACAUAUUAUGGGGAUAUUCAAACGUAUACGAAAUGUAGUGUGUGUCAUAAUUUAAUGUAGAGUGACACAAAAAUUAUGUGAUUAUGACUUAUAAUAAUUAUGACAAAAUUAUGUGAUGUUAUGGAUAAAACAAAUUAUGUGGAAUAUUUCUGUGAUGUCCCACUAAUUAUGACUCUGAUAGAUGUCCUGCUAUGACAAAUGUAGAAUAGUGCGGAAAAUUAUAACUAUGACAAAUAUGUUACUAAUGUGUUGUCCCUCGAAAUUGUGCCUUAGAUGCAAACUGGGGUUUAUUUUUUACGACUAGAUUAACUGUAGUUUUCAUACUAAGCCCCUCAUCAGAUUAAUUGUGUGGCAAAGUAUGUGCCAAAUUAUGAGUAAUGAGAGUAUGUUGGAAGUAAAUGAGUACGACAAUACGAUUUUAUGGGAGAUAUAAUUAAUGCAUGAUGUAACUUAUGUGUUGAUUUCUUUUCAAAGGCGUGAGAAAAAGUGUUUAUUAAUGACUUUGUAAUAAAGUGAUCAUUAAAUUUAUGUGAAAAGUGUUUAGAAAUGCAUGUUAAUUUAAAUCUAAUGUGUGUAUUUCCUACAUCCUGACCAAUCUUAGAAAUUAGUUUAUAUAAAGUAUUUAUAUUUAUUACUUCCCCUUGAAAAAGACAUUUUUACGAAUAGUAUUAUUAAUUUAGAUUUCAUAAAAAAAUAAGGCAAUAAAAAUUGGGUUAGGAACACCAUUUUGUGCCUGAAGGGUUAAAAUUCAUGACAAUAUGAUUUUUGCGAUGACCUUUAACAAUAUGAUCAGUCCUAAAGAACUGCCAAUU